AUGCCUUCGCGCUCUCGCCCAGGUCCUCCCGAGGUAGAGGAAGACUCGGGGCUUCGCAGUCUGUCCUUCAACCAGCCGCUCUCAUGGCGCGUGGGGCGCUCCGCGAUCCCCAUCGCAGAUCUCCUCGAACGUCUCCAGACUCUCGCGCAGGAACUCCGCAAACUCGACCAGGAGGAAAUUGAUAAGGAAUCGCUACGGAAGGUGUCUCAGGAACUCGCCAGUGGGAACUUACUGGCCCACAAGGAUAAGGGUGUCAGAGCAUGGGCUACGUGCUGCAUCGUUGAUGUGUUGCGACUAUGCGCCCCAGACGCGCCAUUUACGCGCAAUCAACUGAAGGAUAUAUUCACAUGUAUCGUAUCCUCGAUUAUCCCCGCUUUGGCUGACCCGUCCAACGCCUACAAUGCCCAGCAUAUCUACGUCCUGGGAUCUCUUGCUGAGGUGAAGAGUGUGGUUUUGAUGGUCGAUCUCGAUCACCCUGACUCCCUCAUUGUCCCGCUGUUCACGGGCUGCUUCGACAUUGUUUCGGGUUCUUCGAAGGCAUCCACCGGUGAGGAGGUGGCUAAGAAUGUCGAGUUUGAUAUGACCCGGGUACUCGUCACCGUGAUCGAUGAAUCGCUCGUCCUCGCCCCCGAGGUGGUGGACAUUAUUGUCGCCCAAUUCCUCCGAGUCGACCCGCGAGUGUUGGACAACCCAAACAAGAAGGGAAAGCGACCAGAUGCACCGCUUGACGCCAAGCAGGAUACUCUCCUGCUGAAGGACUACCCGGCCGCAUAUAAUAUGGCCAAGGCUAUUUGUCAGGCCUGCCCGGAACGAAUGACCAGUCACAUCAGCCAGUACUUCAACAACGUCAUCAUCGAUGCGUCCGUGCCAGCUGGCCAAACAAAUGGCUCUAAGCAUACCCGGAAACCCAAUCUCGACGAUUCCGAUGAGGAGGGAGAGGACAUUAAGGAAUUGAGCAAGGCGCACCGUCUGAUCCGGGAGCUUUGGCGUGCUUGUCCAGAGGUCCUGCAGAAUGUGAUUCCGCAGAUUGAAGCAGAACUCUCUGCAGAAUCGGUGGCCCUACGUUUAUUGGCAACCCAGACAAUCGGAGACCUCGCAGCCGGAAUCGGUGUUGCAGGCCCCCCACCCCCUCCUCCCAUGGACCCGACAACUUACCCGCCAGUGUCACUAGUGGAUUAUGACAAGACUAUUCCCCAGCCCAAUGUUUUGCUGACUCCCGUAUCCCCCAAGCCUUUCUCUCAAGUCCACAAUUCGGCCUAUGAAGCCUUCUUGAGCCGUCGUCUUGACAAGACACCCUCAGUCCGUGCUGCCUGGGUCACAGUUGUGGGGCGAAUCCUUCUAACUUCAGCCGGAGGUUCUGGCCUACACGAAAGCGAAGAACACAGUCUUGUUAGAAAUCUAGCCUCGAUGCUCCGCGACGUUGAUGAGAAGGUUCGUGUAGCUGCAGUGGAUACUGUUGGGCAAUUUGGGCUUUCCCAAAUCGUCCACAAGCUAAGUGUGGAUGGUGGUUGUUCAUCACCAGACUCGGUUCUUGCUAUUCUUGCCGAGCGAGUGAAGGAUCGCAAGCCGCAUGUGCGUGAACAUGCCAUGAAGAUCUUGGCUCGCAUGUGGGCAGUGGCUGCUGGUGACAUCGAGGAAAAUACGGAGCCAGUCGUGUCUCUUCUCAAAGAUGCACCAUCCAAGAUAUUUGAUGCAUUUUACACCAAUGAUCAAGAAAUCCAUAUUCUGAUCGACCGCGUCUUGUUUGAGACGCUUCUACCGCUUCCUUAUCCCCCUAUCAAAGCAAAACUUUCUCGAGGCAGCUCGAACCAAUCACAGAAGCAGAAGGAUAGCCAGGCAUCUGAACCCGAGCAAGAGACGGAUGUUGACAAGAUUCGCGUUCGCCGAAUUCUUACCCUGCUCCGAGGGUUGGAUGAAAAGGCGAGGCGAGUCUUUUUCGUUAUGUUAGCCCGUCAAUUGUCGAUGAGAUCGGCAGUGACACUUUACCUAGAGGCCUGUGAGAAGUACAAUGGUGGUGUUGUCGACAAGGACGAGGAACAGAUUAAAACACAAUUGUCCAAGAUCAUUGAGUCAUUAUCGAAAACCUUCCCAGAUGCCUCGCGCGCAUCGACAGACUUGUGGAAAUUCGCCAAGGUGCAUGAUCGACGAAGCUAUCAGCUGGUUCGCUUCACCAUGGCUGCUGUGAGUGAUUAUCGCACUGUUGUCAAGGCCACGAAGGAACUCCAGCGGCGAGUCCAGAGUGCAAACAACUCUCUCCUGCUGGAAACGUUAACUCCUCUCGUGUAUCGCUGUGGGUCUUUGAUCUUCAACCGGAGCCACAUCCCGGCGAUCAUGAGUUUGUCCCGAACAGAUGAGAACGGAUUGGCCAAUGCUGCACAAGAGAUGUUGAAGCAAAUAUCAUCUCAAAAUCCGGAAGUCCUAGAGGCACAGGUCCAAGAAAUGUGCAAAGACCUCGAGGCUCAAGCCCCCAAGGCUUCCUCGGCUGGUGAUGGUAGUGCUGAAGAUAUUUUGAAGGCUUGUGCUGGUUUCGCUAAAAAGCUUCCCGCUAAACUUCCCAAAGAGCGCAAGUUCCUCCAGGCUCUGGCCAACUAUGCCCUUUACAGUUCAUCACCGCAUUCUGCAAAACAUGCUGUCUCAAUUCUGAUGGCUACUGCUGACCGAAGAGAGAUGUAUGCGAAAGAUUUGGUGCACAAGUGCGUUGAGAAGUGGACGUACGGAUCUGAUCGAUUCCUCACUCGCCUGGCUGCUCUGUCGCAGCUGAACCUCCUUGCACCGAGAGAAGCAGACGAAGAAAGUGAUGCUAUCAUUUCGAUUGCCAUCAACCAAAUCCUGCUCACCAAUCGCACACCCGAACCUGACUCUGAAUACAACUGGUCAGAGACCGUUGAUGAUGAGACCAAGGCUAAAGAAUGGGCAUUGAAAAUCAUUGUCAACCGCCUUCGGGCUAAGGACGGAGCAGAUAAUGAAGCUGACUUCCGUGCCCACGCAAAGCCUGUUUACGAAACAUUGAAUAAAUUAGUAGUCGGUGAAGGCGAGAUCUCUAAGAAGAAAGAUACCCCUGCAGGCCAAAAAUCGCGCCUUCGCCUUCUCGCUGCCAAGUCCUUACUCAAGCUGUGUGCUUCCAGCACUGUCUGCGACGGUCUGCUGACGCCGUCCGAUUUCAACGCAGUGGCUUUGGUUGCCCAAGAUCCGCUCUUGCAGGUACGAAGCGGAUUCAUCAACCACCUGAAGAAGAAACUCGUGCAAAAGUCACAUCUGAGCCAUCGAUGGUACAUUGUCCCCUGUUUGCUUGCUUUCGAACCCGUGCAUAGUCUGAAAGAGAGCACGCUUACAUGGCUGCGGUCCCGAGCGGCAUUUUUCGCUCAACAGGCGCAAGCCAGUGGGAAACGAACGGAGCAGACCAUUUUUAUGGAAUUGAUCUUUUCGCGUCUCCUGUCUUUGCUUGCCUACCACCCUGAUUACCCGUCCGAGGACCUGGACGAGGCAACAAAACUCGGUGACCUGACCGACUUCUCUCAAUACAUCCUUUUCUACCUCUCCGCAGUUGCCAAUGAACACAACAUGUCAUUAAUUUUCCACGUCGGACAGCGCGUCAAGCAAUUCCGCGAUGGCAUCACCAAAUCAGAUGAGAUCUCCACCCGCCUCCAUACUCUAUCUGAUCUGGCCCAAGCAACUAUUCGCCGCUUCGCAGAUGUCUACUCCCAACAACACAAGUUUGGCGGUGCGGCCGGCGCAACCAACAUCUUGCAAACCUACCCUGGAAAGAUGGGCGUCCCCAGCUCCCUCUUCACCUCCAUGAGCAGUCACCGCGAAGCCCAAGAUGUCGCCGACAAGAACUUCCUUCCAGAUGAGUUGGAUGAUUUGUUAGAUCGUGUCGUCCGAAUCGCAAUGAAGCCCAGAAGUAACUCCACCCACGCUUCGCAGGGUGGAUCAAGCAAGAAGCGAAAACCCUCUCUUGAUGCGAACGGUAAAACCUCCGUGGCCAAAAAGGCACGCAAGGAAAAGUCUUCUCGUCCCGCCCGCAAGUCCACAUCAUCAAUCAGUGCAGCAGCCAAGCCGAAACGGAAAUCAAAGAACGACGACGGCUGGUCUUCCGACGGAGGCGCUGCAGCCACCACGCCUGCUUCAUCUCGCAGACGCAGCGUCCGAGGCACCGCGAAGCCGGAAGUCAGUUAUAUCGACAAUGAUAGCGACGAUGCCGACAUGGAGAUGGCAGAGUGGGAUGAACCUAAAGAAAAGGACGACGGCGAAGAUGACGCGGAGGAAAGCGAGAACGAAGAAAUUCAAGCAACAGAUGACGAUGAAGAACUCUCUGAGAUUGAUGAGCCCGAGGUCAGUGAGAAGGAACCCACGCCGCCUCCUGCAAAGAAGCGAGGCGGAAGAGCCGCUGCUACAAAGAGCGAUGUCAAGAAGCCAGAGGCAAAGAAGCCCGAGGCAAGCUUGCCUUCGCGACGCUCUUCCCGUCGUGGAUAG